AGAAUACAGAAAAGGUAUUUCUUCUUCACUACUAAAAGUUAAACAUCGAAAUAACAAAUUUAUUUCUAAAAUGUGGUUAAAAUUUUUACUGGGUUUAGUUUUAAGUUUAGCUUUUUAUGUCUUUAAUAAUAUACAAAAACAAGCUUUUUUGAAAGAUGAGCAGAAGAAAUUUACCUUCCCCAAAUCAUCUGCCUUAAUACCUCCAAAUGUUGAAGUGCCACAACCACCUUCUGGCUCCAUUUUACAUGUAUAUGAAAAGGCGGCUGUAUGUUCAGAUAAAAAUAUCUGCAGCAAUAUAGGAAGUGUUAUUCUACAACAUAAAGGUAAUGCCAUUGAUUCCGCAAUUGCCACCCUAUUGUGCAAUGGUUUGGUUACCAUGCAAAGUAUGGGCUUAGGAGGUGGUGUUAUAAUGACAUACUACAGACGUCAGGAAAAGAAAGCCAUCUCUAUAAUAGGCAGAGAAAGAGCUCCUUUAAAUAUUAAUUUGGAAAAGUUGAAGUCGCAAUAUAACGCCUCCACAUUUGCUAAAUCUGUAUAUUCCAUAGCAGUGCCCGGAGAAGUGGCAGCAUAUUAUGAGGCUCACCACCAAUACGGUUCACUACCUUGGUCCUAUCUCCUACAACCCACAUUGGAGUUAUGUUAUCAAGGCUAUCAACUUACACGUCAUCAACGUGAUGCUUUAUUUUUAAAUGAGGAAAUGAUUAGAAAAGAUAAAUUGUUAGCUGCAAUGUUUGUGGAUCCCAAGACUAAUUUAUUUUAUAGAGAAGGUUAUCAUAUAAGUAUACCUCAAGAAGUUUGUGCCACUUAUAAAUUACUGCAAGAAGAAGGUCCUCUAACAUUUUACAAUGGUACACUGUCGUCUUUAAUUGUAAAGGAUUUAAGUGAAAUGGGUUCUUGGAUAAAAUUAGAAGAUUUAAAGAGUUUUAAAGCGGUUAUAAAGGAUUCAAUUGCCCUGGACUUAGAGCCUUAUUAUGUGCAUCUACCUCCAGCUCCUGCAAGUGGUCAUGUUGUGGGUUUUAUUAUGCAAAUUUUGCAGAAGUUUAAGGGUAAAUUGUCGUCUGUUAAAGAAUUUGGAUCCUUGGAAGUUCAUCGCAUAGUGGAGGCUUUAAAGUUCGGUUUUGUCAAACGUUGGCAUUACGAUUCUGAGAUGGAUCAGGAGGUGCUGGAAAAUCUAUUCCAUUCAGAUUCUAUUAAAAACAUAACCCUUUUAAUAGAUGAUUUAAAAACAUUUGAAGAUCCCGAACAUUAUGGAUCUACGGUUAAACUAACACCGACACCGGACCAUGGUACCGCCCAAAUUUCCGUAUUAGCACCAAAUGGUGAUGCGGUUUCUGCAACCAGCUCAAUAAAUUAUUACUUUGGAAGCGGGCGCAUGGGUCCUCGCAGUGGUAUACUUUUCAACAAUGCCAUAUCCGAUUUUACCAUUGAGAAUUUUGAAAAUUAUUUCAAUCUACCCAAUAUUGAGGGCAUAAAUCAACUUAAAGCACAAAAACAGCCCAUGUCUUCCAUGGUUCCACUAAUUGUUACUCAUAAAGAGACGGGAGAUGUAAGACUGGUAGUGGGUGCAGCCGGGGGCUCUCGUAUUAUAUCUACUUUAGUGCAAAUUUUGAUACGAGUACUAUGGCAGCAACAAAAUAUAAAACAAGCUAUAGAUGAACCACGUUUUCAUCAUCAGUUGGUGCCAAAUAUAUUAGAAUAUGAAUACGGAGUUUUUCAACAAGUUAUAGGAGAUUUAGAAGCAAGAGGUCAUCAGACGGAAAGAAUAAGACGAAAAUGUACAGCCGUCUGUGGGGUGGAAAAAGUGGAAGAGGGCGUUGUACUGGCAAAUGCUGAUUAUCGAAAAGAAGGAGGUGUUGAUGGGUUUUAAUAAGGUACAAUAUUAUUAUUCCUUGGUUGCUUUAUAGCUGCUUUGUAUAAUUCCCUCAAUUUUGCUAUAAAUAUUUGGGACAAAUGGCAAACCUCACCGGUAAUGACGGUUAUGAGUCCUCAAACUUCAUUUAUAACAACGAACCUUUUCCGGCCAUCACCAUUUGUAAUAUGAAUCAAGCGCAGUAUAGCAAAGUCAAGAAUUUCGAUGUUCAAUCGUUGAAUUAUGCCAUGCUGCAAAAACUAUGCUUUCAAGAACUAAAUUAUUCUUCAUUUGCCCACACGAAACCAUUCCCUAAAGGCAACAGCUUUUCUAGAUUUAUUGUUAAGAAUGGUCAACCUUGUGAACAUAUGGUGGUGUAUUGUAUAUAUGGAAACACUAAAAGAGUUUGUACUGACUUAUUUCGGGAAGUUCUCUUAGAUGAGGGUUUGUGCUGUUCCUUUAAUAUGGUUCAUCCAUUUAUGCUGUAUAAGGGAGAAUAUUAUAUGAUACAAGAUUAUACCUCUUUUAAUGGUCAGACUAUACCUCUAGACUGGAGCCCCGGGAAAGGAUAUCCCAAAGAAUUGCCUAAUAGUUAUUAUCCUCGUGCCUCUUUAGGCGAGGGUAUGUCUAAUGGUUUGACAAUAGUUCUUAAUGGAGAUAUAGAUAAUUACUAUUGUUCUUCAACAAAUGGUCCAGGGUUUAAGGUCUCUUUUCACAAUCCUAUUGAUACACCACAUGUUAAGGAAACCGGUUUGUCCAUUGCCCUGGGUUAUCAGACCAAUUUUCGUGUAACCUCUUUAAAAGAAGAAGCCGUUGAGGGUCUUCGUACAUCUUCUAAACCCAAGGAGCGCCAAUGCUACUAUAGUGACGAGUAUCCCCUGUAUUAUUUCCGCUAUUAUACCCGUCGCAAUUGCGAAAUGGAAUGUGAUGCCUUCUAUAUGUUGGAGGAAUGUAACUGUAUUCCAUAUCAUAUGCCUAAAUUGUGGCAAAACGUUACCGAAUGUAACGUUCGCCACUUCAAUUGUGUGGUGGAAGCUGAAAAAGAUUUCGUGGAUCCUAAACGUUUAAAAUGCAAAAGAAAUUGUCUGGCCAGUUGUAAUGAUCUUUCCUAUUUUCCAAAAGCUUUCUUUACACCUCUCGAUAAUGAAGGUUUUCAAGUUAGAAGUCCAUUUUUUCGCAAUAUGUCUAAGGAAAGUCUUAAUAAUAAUUUUGCCAUGUUGAAAAUCUUUUUCCCACAAAAUUAUUAUCGAGGCAAUAUCAAAACUCCCUAUAUGGGUUUAACGGAAUUUUUAUCACAAACUGGUGGUAUUAUGGGUCUUAUGAUGGGCUUUAGUAUUAUAUCAUUGGUGGAGAUGGUAUAUUUUUUUGUUAUUAAACCAAUAAUUUACGCUUGGAGGAAAUUUUUCAAUAAAAAUAUCGUAGAUGUAAUCGAGAUAAAACCAGCUGAUGAUAUGGAAUAUGAAAUGCAAGAAUAUGGAAAUACCAACUCCAAAUAUCGCUAUCCCGUAGCGCCACCGAAUGUUUUAUCUGGGACAAAGUUGCCGCCUUAUACACAACAUUUUGAACAUCCAAAUUAUGUACCCUGAAUAGAAAUUAUUUUUUGUGAAAAACAUAUGAAACUUAAUGGAAAUAUUAAAUAAAUAGUGGAAAACUGUAAACAU